UUAAUUUUUCCCACGGUUUUGAAGGCAGCAUAAAGUGGAGCAAACCAAGGGGAAUGUGUUGGGAGUUUUUCAGGAAACUAUCAAAUAACCUUCUAAAUUACUCCAAAGUGUAUUCAUGUAGUCAGCUGUUACAGACAUUCCUUUCAUUACAACUGCUGUGAUGUGGAAUAUAACACAUCAAGUGGACUGAUGGGGAAACUACACCCUCUGCUACUGCCACCACCCCCCUUGAGAUGACCCCAGGAUAGAUGGAUCAGUAGGAAUUCCAUUAUUUGGGCCAAAGCAAGCCGUACGUUGGAAAAUAAAGUAUCUGUAAACUUCUACUCUCACAAUGCUGAUGUUGAUGUGCCUGCUGGCGCUGUGGACGGGAAGCUGCAGUGCUCACAGCCUCUUCACCUGCGAGCCGAUUGAGGUUCAUCGCUGUAUGGGGCUGUCUUACAACAUGACUUUCUUUCCCAACAUGAUGGCGCACUACGAUCAGGAUGUCGCCGCCAGUAAAAUGGAGCCAUUUGUACCCUUGGCAAAUCUUCACUGUUCUCCAAAUGUCCACCACUUCCUGUGCCAAGCCUUUUUCCCUGCUUGCACGGAGGAGAACACAGUGCUUCUCCCAUGUCGAGAGGAGUGUGAGGCUGUUCUAUCUGGUUGUCAGGAGGACAUCCGAGUUUUCGGUAUCAUCUGGCCCCCAGAGCUACAGUGCAACAAACUUGACUCAUGUGGGUUUCUGGGUGGUUCCAAUAUCCCCGCAACCACCCCAAUGAGCUCCACAUCUGCUAAGAGAGACCUGGGCUUUUGGUGUCCGCUGCAGUUGAAAACUAAACCUGGCUAUGGUGCAUCGUUCUUGGGCGCUCAGGAUUGUGCUCCGCCUUGUUCCAAUAUGUAUUUCAAACCCCAUGACAUUGAAUUUGCCAAAAACUUCAUUGGCGUCUGCUCUAUCAUCUGCUUGGCUGCCACUCUUUUUACCUUCCUUACAUUCCUCAUUGAUGUCAAACGCUUCCGCUACCCUGAGCGUCCCAUAAUCUUCUACGCCGUCUGCUACAGCUUUGUGUCGCUUAUGUACUUCAUUGGCUUCCUGCUGGGUAACAAUGCAGCCUGCAGCACGCCGUCCCAUCCUGCCGGCGUGGAUACCGUCGUCUUAGGUUCUCAGAGCAAAGGCUGCACUCUGUUUUUUAUGUUCCUGUACUUCUUCUCAAUGGCUGGCAUCGUCUGGUGGGUCAUACUCACCAUCACUUGGUUCCUGGCAGCUGGGCCUAAAUGGAGCUGUGAGGCUAUAGAGAAGAAAGCGGUGUGGUUCCACUCUGCUGCCUGGGGGAUCCCCGGUGCCCUAACCGUCAUGCUGCUAGCCCUGAACAAGGUUGAAGGCGACAACAUUAGCGGGGUUUGCUUUGUGGGACUGUACGAUCUGGAUGCCCUGCGCUACUUUGUUAUCGCUCCCGUGUGCGUGGGCGUCAUCGUCGGGCUCUUCCUCAUCCUCGCCGGCAUCGUUUCUCUGAAUCAUGUGCGACAAGUUAUCCAGCACGACGAGCGCAACCAGGAGAAGCUCAAGAAGUUCAUGAUCCGCAUCGGUGUGUUCAGCUGCCUUUACUUGGUCCCGCUGGUCACCCUGUUAGCAUGCUACUCUUACGAGCAGAGUUACCGCAGCACAUGGGAGAACACGUGGAUCAACGAUCGGUGCCAGGAAUACAGCAUCCCCUGUUCGUACAAGACACCAGUGCACAAGCGUCCGGACCUUUCUUUGUUCUUGGUCAAGUACUUGAUGACCCUGGUGGUUGGAAUAUCGGCAGUGUUCUGGGUCAGCAGCAAAAAGACCUGCUCCGAGUGGGCCUACUUCUUCAACAGGACUCGCAAAAGAGAUCCAAUCACCGAGAGCCGACGGGUGCUCCAGGAGUCCUGUGAGUUCUUCCUCAAGCAUAACAGCCGUGUCCAGCACAAGAAGAAGCACUACAAGUCAACCUCCCACAAGCUCAAGGUUGUCUCUAAAUCAAUGGGCACUAGCACCGGCGCCGCACCAAACGUUGCUUCCACUGGCGGAGCUAAUCAAGGUGCAAACUUACCUCUGGGAAAUCAUGAGCAUCCCGCCCAAGGCUCUGUGAGGGCGCACCUGGACAAAGGCACCUCUAGCCGAAGCUCCAAGCACAAUGACAAGGAGCGUGAAGGGGGAGAAAGACGUAGCAAAGGGGGGAGCUCAGGCAAGAUCAGCAGCCCUUCUGAGAGUUUACACAGCAGAGUACCAGAUGUAAGGAUGACUCCAAAGAGCGAGCAGUCAGACGCCAGACCAGUUCCUAUCGUACAACAGCAACCAGCUUCAAGCUCCCAAGACUGCACCCACCAGGAGGUGUCCAAGGAGAGCAAGGACACAAAAGACAGUAACUGCUGAGACGCUGGUCUACCAGAACGUUCGAGUACACUGACAGCAGGCUUUACAGUUCUGUCUUUCGACCCUGAUUGUAUUGCUUUAGUUUGGUUGUAGUCACUGAAUGUCCAUAUCGGCAGUGUGAUAUUUAGCUUGUUAGAAGUACCAGUAGUUUUUGUUUUAAAUAAGGAGGAGUCAUACUUCACCAAACUUUUACUAGUACAGCUGCAUGCCAACUACUAUAAAUCGCAUUGAUGCAUUAUGGGAAGCUCAAUGAAAAUAUAUUUAUGUGGAUAUUAUAUUUUCUUAAACAGGAUUUAGUCACUACACUGGGUAUUUUAGUAUGUGAGGUCAUGAUGUUUCCUAACCGUCCUUUUGGGUUUUGUUUUUAUAUGUCUUCCUCAAAGAGGGUUUGCCUCCAAACCUCAUCAAGUAAUAUGCAUACUCUCGCUUUUUUCAAGUAGACAUUUAGAUCAUGUUAUCUUCUUUUACAAUGUUUUCUUAAGCAGUGUCCUUUGUGUUCCUAUCUGUAUGUUGCAUGGAUCCGACUAUAUUGUUGCUCAAUCCUGUGAAAGCUAUUUUCGUUUUUUAAGAAUGUGUUUUUUUAUUUUAAAAGCUCCUGGCAUUCAGAGGUAAACCAACAGAUGUUUCACAUGUGUAACUGAGUAAUGUCAGUGUUGGCAUCAGGCUUGUAAAAACAGUUAUUUGUCAACUCGGACCAGUAAAAGCCAACUUUGAGAAUUUCUUCAGGAAUCGUUCUUACAUUUACAUCUUCUGUAUUUUGAUGUAUUGGCACGUUUCCUGCGUAAAAAGUAAUCUGUUCCUUAGGUUAACUUUUCCAGGAGUGAGGACCAUCUAAAAGGGAGCCCCAGUAUUUACUCUGUGAAAUGUGUAUUGUUUCUUUUGUAUGAUACCCAUUUUGAUAAAUAAAUGUGGUCUUGUAUGUAAAUUCA